AUGUCCCCUAGGCCCGCCGAAGGUGCGGAGGCACCUAAGGGCCCCUCCAAGAGCGAGUUGAAGAAGCGCGCGAAGGAAGAGGAGAAGGCACGCAAGGCAGCAGAGAAGGCCGCCAAGCAAGCAGAGCUUGAGGCGCAGAAGGCUGCAGCGGAAGUCGACUUCGCGACCGAGUUCUACGGCAAGCUCCCUCUGAACCAGUCCCAGUCACGCCCGAGGCGCGAGCGCGUCCAGAUCGCGUCCCUCACCCCCGAGCACGACGGCCAGACCGUGCUCGUGCGCGCGCGCGUCCAGACGUCGCGUGCGCAGGGCAGCAAGAUGGUCUUCCUCAACCUCCGCCAGCGAAUCGACUCUGUCCAGGCGCUGCUUGUCCUCACCCCGGGCAAGGUCAGCAAGCAGAUGCUGAAGUGGGCUGCGGGACUGCAGACGGAGAGCAUCGUGCUCGCGGAGGGUGUCGUCAAGAAGUCCCCCGAGCCGAUCAAGAGCGCGACUGUCAGCGACGUCGAACUGCACCUCACGCAGCUGCACCUUAUCUCCGGCUUGGACACCAAGCUUCCAUUCACCGUAGACGAUGCGAAUCCCCCAGAGGAGGCCGAGGCGGAGGAAGGCGAUGAGGGAGGUAUCAAAAUCAAGCGCGUCCUUCUCAAGACUCGCCUCGAUAACCGCGUCGUUGACCUGAGGACACAAACGAACCAAGCAGUAUUCAGGCUACAGGCCGCAAUUGGGAGCUUCUUCCGCGAAUACCUCGAGGGACAGGGCUUCAUUGAGAUCCACAGUCCCAAAUUGCAGGGUGCGGCGACCGAGUCCGGCGCCUCGGUCUUCGAGGUUAGCUAUUUCAAGGGCAAGGCAUACCUCGCUCAGUCUCCUCAGCUCGCCAAGCAGAUGGCAAUUGCCUCUGACUUCGAGCGUGUCUACGAAAUCGGACCCGUUUUCCGUGCUGAGAACUCGUUCACACAUCGGCACAUGACUGAAUUCAUCGGGCUCGAUCUCGAGAUGGCCAUCGAAGAGCACUACCACGAGGUCAUGGAAUUGCUCGACGGCCUUUUCCUCCACUUGUUCCGCGGACUGAAGCAGAAGUACGCGAAGGAGAUCGAAACUGUGCGGAAACAGUUCCCCGCGGACGAAUUCAAGUGGCGCGAGGGCCCCGAAGGCACUCUGAAGCUCUCGUUCAGGGAGGCGGUCGACCUCCUUGUUGCGGACGGUGUGCCGAGGGAGGAUCUCGACGACAUUGACACUACAAACGAGAAGCGUCUCGGAAGGAUCGUCCGCGAGAAGUAUGACACCGACUACUUCAUCAUUGACAAGUUCCCCAUGGCUCUUCGUCCCUUCUACACCAUGCCCGACCCCGAAGAUCCCACACUCUCGAACUCGUACGACUUUUUCAUGCGCGGCGAGGAGAUCCUAUCUGGCGCGCAGCGGGUGCACGACGCAAAGCUCCUCUCCGAGCAGAUGCGUCAGAAGGGCAUCAACCCAGAGUCCAUGAAGACCUACCUCCAGGCCUUCCAGCUCGGAUGCCCGCCGCAUGGAGGGGGCGGUAUCGGUCUCGAGCGUGUGCUCAUGCUGUUCCUGAAGCUCAACAACAUCCGCCGCGCUUCUCUCUUCCCGAGAGACCCCAAACGACUAGAACCCUAG